GUUUCCUCUGUGGACGUCUCCCAUCAGUCCGUGGACCAGGGUUUGUUCCACGUGCUGCUCCGAGCGUCCCUGUCUCUGUCCUCCAUCAAUAACCUGCUGCACUCACCUGCUGAGAGGACACAGGGGGAGGAGGAGGAGGAGGAGGCGCAGCUGGGGCUGCAGCUGCUGCAGGGUCUGUCUGCGGAGCUGGCGACCCUUGGCGAUGAGCUGAGCUCGCGGGGGUCAGAGGUCACGGCUGUCCUGGGGUCGGGGUGUGGUCGUCGGUGUGUUGAUGACCUGAGCAGAGUCCUGCCUGUGGUCCAGGCUGCACUGAGCGGCCGACAGAAGCAGCUGAGGAACCUGCAGGAGGAGACGGCACAGCAACGGGCUGUGAUGCAGGUGCAGGAUUCUCUGCAGCAGCAGGUGGAGCAGGUGAACUCUCUGCUGGAGGAGGCGGAGCAGCACAACCUGCCGUCCUCUCUGAUCCACCAGGCCACACGGCUGCAGGGUGAGCUGGACACAUCUCUGGGUGGCGUUGGCUGUCGCUGCGAGGAGCUGAGGAGCAGCGUGGAGCUGCAGCAGCUGUACGAGCGGCUGGUCCGCAGCCUGGAGGAGCUGCUCGCUCUGGGCUCUGAACGCCUCACGUCCGAGUCAGAGCUCCAGAGCAGAGCUCGGCUCCAGCAGCAGCUCAGCGCUCACACGAAGUUCUUUCAGUUCCUGGGCCAUCACUCCAGGAUCCUGCAGUACCUGACCUGGAGGCUCCCAGAGGACGCCCUCCAGAGGUGGGACGCCGUCACGACGGGCCUGCAGGACGAGGCGGCCCGACAGCAGCAGCGCGCUCUGGAGACAGGAACCAGGAUGCAGGAAACAUUACAGGUGUGGUCGCAGUGGGAGGAGGACGGUGCCUGGGCCGACUCCCUGCUGAAGGAAACUGCCACUUCAUUUCCCAAGAGGCACCAGGGGGGUGACGGCAAGGAGCUGUUGUCUGAGGAGCUCUCCGGCCUCCAGGCUCCACCCCUCGCCUGA